AAGAACAUCCAAGGAUACAGGGAUGGUGGGGGCAGAAAGGGAGAGAAUGGAAGGAGGGAGAGAGAAAUAGAGGGAGAGGCAGGGAGAAAUAAAACCUCCUUGAUUCUGCAGGGUCCCCAUGGGUAGGACACUGGUAUUGGGUCAGGAGGGAGGAGACUGAGUGAUUCAUUCCCAAGAAUUUCACGCCAGGUCCCUACUCCAGGGCAAGGGCAACCUUCUCUGGGCACCUUACGCCUCCAAGUUAUGUAAGUGGUACCACUCUGAACCCAGAGAUAAUGAGAUCAGAAGAGCCCCAGUCUGUCCCUCCCCCGUGGCACGGUGCCUAGCACAGGCAGAGGUACAUAUAAGUCCAUACUUCUUGAGUGUCCAUCUAAGGAGAGAUGCUUCAGACCCCAGGAGCCAUGGCCUGUGCCCUUCUCUUUCGGCUUCUCCUACUUAUGGCCCUGCUGACCUCCUCUCAAGGCAACCACCUGGGCCUCACAUUAUGUCUGCAUUAUUCCAUGUUCCUAGAUCCUUCUAAUGUUACUUUCCUGCACUGGGACUUUGACCUUGAGGCUGAGAUCGUCACUUUUGAUCUCCAGGUCCAGACAGCUGGCUGGGUGGGCUUGGGUAUCACAAAUCGCUACACCAUGGUGGGAAGCAAUCUGGUUGUUGGAGGAGUCUCGCCGGAUGGCAAUGUCUAUUUCUCGAAUCAGCACCUGGUGGAUGAAGACGCUCUGGGAGGGAGCCAGAACGCAGAGCUGCAGGCACUGACAGAAGACACCAUCUAUACCACCAUGCGCUUCUCCAGGCCCUUCUGCUCCUGUGACCCUCAAGACCAAGACAUCACGGUAAAAGAGGGAGGAGAGAGGAGCAUUUGCUCACAAGCAGCCUUCCUUCUAGGAGGUGAAGUCACCCCCAACCUGGAAUGGCCGUGCCUGUCAGGCAGCCAGUCUUGGUUCCAGGGCCCUCGUCUCUCUCAGCCUUCCCAGGCACGGCCCCAAUCCUGCCGCCUCUGAUUCCACCAGCCCUCUACAGGUGGCCUCCCACUGACUCAGCCCCAUGCCACCCUCCCUAGUGUCCCCUCCUGAAGAACCUUGUCUGAUCUCCUUGAACUUCAGUGUCAUGAACCAGAUGUGGACACAGGCUCAGAGAAGGGACAUGAGAGGGGGUGUGGCUUACUCAACAUCUCCAGCAAGUCAGCCUCUAGGCAGAACUGGAACCUGACUAGUUCUGACCCCCAGUCUGAAGUG